AUGUCAUACAUGCCAUUUGUCACUUUCACUUCGACCGUCGUCAGUGAAGAUUAUAUAAUAAAUAAACUUCUCAAUUGCGUUGAAACUUUGGUUCCGAUAAAAUACAGGGCGAAUGAAAAUGAGGCCAGUUUUUUUGUGGAUGAUAAAAAAGUUGCAGUUGCGUUACUACACCGUGAAAUCACAGUUACCCGAGGAGAAAAAUUGACAGUCACAGUUAUAAAGCCACGAUUUCCCCGGUCUAUAAUUGACGACGAAUUUGAAAAAAGAAUAAAACAAGUCGUAAUGAAACGAUAUAUACCAGCGACAAAAUCAAUGGAUUUGUCAAGGUUUCACAGAGAUUUUGACCUUAUUUCUGACUACUUUUGUACACUGUACUGUCCUCUAAUUGUAGACGUCGUGUUCAGCGUUCUAUCGGAAUAUAUGCCAGAUUUAGAGGCACUAAAUUUGAGUGGAAAUAUAUUGGAUAUCGAUUUUACGCUAAGCAUGGUGAAACUGAUAUUUGUGAAUUUAAAGAUACUGCACAUUGGAGAUAAUUCGAUAAGAGACAUGGAAGAAAUAAACGGUCUCCAAGAUUUAGAGCUGGAGGAGCUCAUACUGAGAGGGAAUCCGAUAUGCAAAAAGUAUCAAUUCACAAAUGACUAUAUUAAAGACGUGCAGAAACGGUGUCCUAAACUCCUGCGACUGGAUGGUAUGGAUAUUCAAAAUUCAAGUCGUUGUGCGAUGUAGUGGACGAAGGAAAUAACAUGACAACCUCCGAAAGGAUGUUUGCUGCAAAUGUACAAAUUUACGAGACAAUUUUUACAAAAAUAU